UGGGAAAAUGUAGAGGAAGCCAUGUUUGCAACAAUGCUCUUCGAGAUAAAGAUUUGCAAAUAAUGGUAUAUUUUUACAUCUACUGAAGAUUACAGGUAUUGAAGAGGGAGAUAAUAACUUUCCACAAUGUGGCCUGCUGCACAGGGGGGCUGGGGAACAUGGCCCAUUCAACAAGCUGCCUAUCAACAUAUUCCACAUGAGCAAGUUGACUGGGCAGCAUUAGCAAAGCAGUGGAUAUCACAGAAGGACAAUUUGGAAGCAGCACAGCAAGGGAACCAACCUGUUGAAGGCAAUCAGAAUCAGGCAGCACCACCUGACGGUGGCCAAGGUCAUGCUGCAAAUGUUGCUGUGGAAAAUGGAAACCAAAAUACAAGUUUUAGUGGUGCAGAAGGGAGCUACCCCAUGGGAGAUCAGAACCAGAUGACUGGAGGCUGGGGAUGGGGGAUGCAUGGAUGGGACAUGGGAGGAUGGGGAAUGCAGGGAGAAAUGAAGACUUUCAAACUAAAAAUAUAA